GUGUUUACAAAAUGUUGAGCCAAGAUGAGGCCAAAGGUCGGACCGCUCAACCAGGACGGCCCGCUCACUUUGAACUGUCGCCACCGUUUAAAAAUCAGCGAGCCUCACAGCGAGGAGAGGCGGAGCUCUGGGCCGACGGAGGAUAACAGACGCGCAGGAGACGACUGAAGACACAGCAGCCCUCGGAGCGAGACGUCAUGGAGCUCUAUCUGGACCUGCACUCCCAGCCCUGCCGCUCCGUCUUCCUGUUCGCCAAAGCGGUCGGGAUUCCCUUUGAGUUUAAGCAUGUGGACCUCGCUGCAGGGCAUCAGUACAGCGAGGAGUUUGGAAAACUCAGCAUCGUGAGGAAGGUUCCUGUCAUGAAGGACGGAGGCUUCGUCCUGACCGAGAGCGUUGCGAUCCUGAAGUAUCUGCUGCAGAAACACUCGUCGUCGGUGGCCGAUCACUGGUAUCCGGCUGACCUGCA